AAGGGUCUUGGAAAGUUGGACGGCAAGAACUCAGCAUCUGUUUAAUCACGCCCAGUAGAGAGUAAGCUGAGAACGGGUGGAGAUCACAGCAGUGGGUGGAUUUGUGCUGUUUGAGCACUCCUCAGCAAUUCGCAGAUCUGGACUGUGAAAUCUGGCUUUCUUCUAAGGCUCUGCUCGAUCAACCUCUUAUAUCUUAAAACAUAAUAAGGAUCUUUUUGGUCAAUCACUACCCAUGAUGUACACCCAAUCAAGAAAAUGGAAAUUGAAAAAGCCCUCUCACUCAGAAGACCCGAAUUCCAUGGCGUCUUCAUCAUCGACCCCUCCCCAUGGAGGAGAUUAUGAGGGCGGAGAGGAACAGCGGAAGGGGAAUAACUACGAAGUGUUCUUGAGCUUUAGAGGGAAAGAUACUCGCAAAGGCUUUACUGAUUAUCUCUAUACUAGCCUUAAAGUUGCAGGAAUUCAUGUGUUCAGAGACGACAAUGAGCUUCGUGUUGGUGAUGAGUUUGGUCCGGAGCUUCUCUGCAGUAUCACGCAGUCUAAGAUCUCAAUCCCGAUUAUCUCGGAGAACUAUGCUUCCAGCACGUGGUGCCUUCGCGAGUUGGCUCAUAUCUUGAAGUGCAGGAGAAACAGAGGGCAAAUAGUGUUGCCCAUAUUUUACAAAGUGGAACCCUCGCAAGUGCGACGUCUUCUAGGGGGAUUUGGAGAUGCUAUCAGUGCACAUAAAAGGAAUUUGGAUGAAAGGAUUGUGAAGGAAUGGGAGGAAGCGCUCAAAGAAGUCACUUCCUUGAAAGUGUGGGAAUCGGAGAAAACUGACAACGGGCAUGAAGGAAAAUUGGUUGAAACAGUUGUCAGAAAAGUUAUGGGCGAGUUAAAAAGACUUUUUUUGCUAAAUGUUCCCAAACAAUUAGUAGGAAUUGAUGAUCGUGUGGAAUAUCUCAUGAGCUUCAUAGAUGCUAAAUGCAGUGAUACUAGGGUUAUCGGAAUUUAUGGAAUGGGGGGCAUCGGUAAAACAACUCUUGCAAAGGUGUUAUACAACAAACUUUCUAGUCAUUAUGAGUAUCAAAGCUUUGUGGAAAAUAUUCGAGAAAGAUCUAAGCGCAAGGGUAUUGAAGGCGUACAAAAGCAGCUCAUCUCAGACAUAAAUGGAGACUUGUGCGAUGUGUCUAAUGUCGAUGAUGGAAUCAAUAUCCUUAAAUCUCGAUUUACAAAUAAGAAAGUUCUCAUCCUUCUUGAUGAUGUGGAUGAUCAUACUCACUUGAAUGCGUUGGUUGGAGAUGGUAGUUGGUUUAAAGCUGGAAGUAUAGUCAUCGUCACCACUAGAGACAAGGGUAUUCUUGACACGGCUGGAGUAAGCUACAAGUAUCAACUCAAUGAAUUGCUUUCGGAUCAAUCAUUGGUUUUAUUUAGUAGACAUGCAUUUCGAAUGGAUUCUCCUCCAACUGAUUAUCAGGUUAUCUCUCGUGAUAUCGUAUCUACUACUUGGGGGCUUCCCUUAGCCCUUGAAGUUAUAGGCUCAUUCUUAUGUGGAAAGACAAAAGAAGCAUGGAAAGCUACAUCAAAGAAAUUAGAGAAAGUGCCUCAUAAGAAAGUGCAAGAGAAGUUGAGGAUAAGUUACGACGCACUAGAUCCCGAGGACCAACAUAUAUUUUUGGAUAUUGCAUGUUUUUUUAUUGGGUCAUCUAAACAACAUCCGACUUAUAUGUGGGAUGCUUGUGGUUUUUUCCCGGGGAAGGGGAUUGAAGUAUUGAGUCUUUUGUCCCUUAUUAAAAUUGACGAAGACGGCAAUUUCUUGAUGCAUGAUCAACUGAGGGAUCUUGGAAGAGAAAUAAUUCGUCUAGAAAAUCAAAAGGAGCCUCAAAAUCGUAGUAGAUUAUGGGAUUAUGAGGAAGCCAUAGAAGUGCUUGGUAGCAACAAGGUAAGAGUUUUCUCUACUUGUCUAGGUUAGUGCAUGUGAGUCCAUAUUCUCUUUCUUGUUUGAAAUAGAAAGUAUUGUUAGUCCCGAGUCCCCAAAACUUGUUGCUUCUAUUAGCAAAAGAACUCUUUCGAUUAAUUGCUGUUCUUGCCUGAUUCUACAACAUAAUUGAGGAGUAAUUUCUUGGUCAUUGAUGAUUGAUAUAUAUCUUUACCGGUAGUACUGUAACGGAGGAUACUCUCCUUUUGGUCAAUUUAAUGCAACAACACAACUUCAAAAAUAUAAUGUUUGAUA